AGUCAUAUCACGAACUCGAUUUGUUGUCGAAAUAGUGGUGACUCGAACGAAGACUUUUAAAUUAAGUUUGGUUAUGUUAUAAAUUAUGUUAGGCUGUGAUCAAAGUAUCUUAUUUAAAUGAAAAUAGCGAAUCCUACUGUUCUACGUUCCAAGAUAUAUUUUAACUUUUAUUAGAUUCAUAUACUUACCAAAAUGACGUCGAGACUUUGCACUUAUGGUGUUUUCGCAGUUGGAAAGCUAAAUUAUAAGAUUCCUCUGCCGAAAAUUCUCGGACGAAACUGUGUGUCAUAUGUCCAAGGCCAAUCUCCUCAACCUCGUAUACGUGAAUAUUUUUACUACAUUGAUCACCAAGGCAUGUUGUUCCUGGAUGAUGUUCGCAUAAGAAAUUUUACUUCUUGCUUUAAAGAUAAAAAGUUCUUGGCAUUCUUCUUUAAACACCUGAAGGAGAAUAAUACUGGUCGUUAUAUGAGUGACUUUCCAUUUCUGUCAAUCUGUGGUAUAGAGAGGAACUUUGUAAGAUGCGAUGACUUACCGUUGGUCUUCACCAAGGUGAUUCAAAAACACAACACAGAAACUGAUACUGAAGAAGAUUGGUUCAGUUAUGCACAUGCAGAUGAUCUGUUGACGGUGCGUUUUGAGCCACAAAAAUUGUUUAUGAACAUUAGUACAGGAAGAGUAUAUCAUCCUGCACCAGAAAAAGUAGGAGGCAUCGGUCUUGUGAGAUCUAAGCUAGCUAUAGAAUUUAGCACAUCCUUUGAUUUUGAGAAUGGUGAAGCAAAUGCGCCAACACACUUCAAGUGGAAAAAUAAACUACACGAACUCGACACAGAGUGGUAUAGAGAUAAACUAAUGCAUAGAGUUCGACAAAAAUAACAGCAA